GGUUGUUUUUACUUAGAAUGCGCGGAAAUCUGCUGAUAUAUCGAAAAAUGUACAUUUCUCGUCUUUUUUGGGGCGACCGAUGGAAACUUCAUGGAGAAAUACAGCGUCACGCCAUCGUCACAACGUACAUGUUUAUGACAAAUGACCGGUAUGAGGAUAGUUUCGUGUAGAUCAGCCGACUCCAACAUGUUUUAAAUGGCAUGCAAGUAUAACAGUGUAUCUUCAGAGGACUUCGGAUCGCUCAAAUUCCCAUGAAAGAAGGUGCAGCACUCGGAAUCUGGAUGAUAUGCACACGAUUUGAGGUAUAUGGUUGUAGUUACGUCGAGUAGUCCUUCAUGAAUGUUGAUCAAUUUUUUUUAUGAAUAAAUGGCAUUUUUGUGUAUUCCCCCUGAGCGCCUAACUGCAUGCAAAAUUUGAAGGGGGGUUGAAAAUGUUCAUUUCCCAAGAUGUUUGAUUCUUACAGAGACAUGUUCUUAACGCGUACAAUCGUUACUUCCUUGCGACCUACCGCACGUGACAUCCACGCAUGUACUGUUGGCGCAGCUGUUUUCAAAGGUUUCCCGUUAUGCUAUGCAGUGUGUGUUUACAUGACGAAUGCGGAAUUUGGAACUACAGUAGUAAUGUUAUACUUUCGUUUUCAGCGUUAACAGAACUGUGAUCUCAAGUAAUUAUGGCAGCUCCGCAUGGACAGAAUUAUGCAAUGAAUCAAGGGCAGUAUCCCCCAAACUACUAUCCUCCGCAACAACCUGGCUAUUACCAACCACCACCCCAAGGUCAAUACGCUCCUCACGCUUACUAUCAGGUUGGGAAAAAAUGUUGAAAUAUGCUUAGUUUUACUCCAUCAGUGGAGACUGUGUUGUUUUCUUAUAUUACUAUUUCCUCUUGUAAGAGUCAUUGAGUCAUUGUGACUGGCUGCAUUGAGUAUGUUUAUUUUUACAAAAAUUGAACGUAAAUUCAGAGAAGAGAAUUCGAAUCGAACGAUUGACAUUUUAAACUUCAGCUGUACGUCCAAAGAUCGGGCUAAGAAAAGCUUUUCCCAGUAUAAUUAUUAGUUAAGUGAUCGGGAAUACUGAAAUUUUAUUUCAGUCCACAAAAUUCACACAAGAAGAAAACAAUUUACGACAAUUUUUUUUUUUUUGAGCGACGACAUACGAUGUAGCGUGUUCCUUGAGUACAUGUAUCUGUUUCGACCAAAACGUGGGAGAACGCUGACCGCAAGGAGCGUGUUUAAUCAAAGGGGUCCUGUUUAACGAAAUUUAUGAUCGUAUAUGUUAGUGGUUGUUGUCACUUCCUGUCAGAAAACCGGCUGCCUUAGUUGUUUUAGUGCCAAUGUAACUACUAAUAAUCAGGGAUGUAGGUAAUAGCCAGAAGCCAGGAAAAUUACCUGGCUGUGAAUGUGAUUUUUCCGGCUGUCACUACUUCUUUCUCCAAAAUGUUUUUAAAUGUUGUCAGAAGAUUGUUAUUUAUUUAUUUCAUUUGUUUACACCUUCAAAUCUAGGUAUAGCGUGCCAAAGGCAUGCUAGAGUGGGCCUUUGGCCCAAAUACCCACCUAUCAUUGCAAGAUUCCCGCCUGUUAAAAACUUUAGCUACAUCCCUGAUAAUAAAGGGGAUAAGUUUCUAUUGUGGUGCUGCAUUGGUGGGAUAAUACAACAGGGUAAUUUAGUAUUAUUAACUGGAUUGAUAAUGUAAAUUGGACACUGUUAAGAGUGUUAAAGCUGACAUUUUGAACAUUAGCCCUUUGUCAAUCACUCUGAUGAAGGGUUAACACUCAGCUUUGAUACUCUCUAUGAUGGCCAAUUUUUGUUAUCAACUCAGUUGAAAAUACUACCUUAUUCUGUAACUAUGAACAAACUUUCUUGAUGUGACUCUCUUUUAGCCUGGAUAUGGUGCACCAGGGACACAAGCAUUAACAGUGAUCCAACAGCCUGUUGGGCUUCCUCAACCCAUAGUUCUUAAACAGUUCCCUGUAACAAUGGGCUGUCCACACUGUGGGGCUACCAUUUCUACCCAGCUUGUUCACCGUGCUGGAAACACAACCUUUUUGUACUGUUUUAUCUUGUCUUGCUUUGGGUAAGGAUUUUUAGUAUUCUAUACAUAGGGUGCUUUAAGCCAGAAUGCUCUUUACUCUGUACACCCUAACAUCCGUAUGCAUAUUAUUCUGUCCUCUAUAUAUUUCCUAAUGUUCUGUAAAGGAGAAUUUGUUUUACAAUCAAGAGCUUCUCUAGUUAAUGAUCAUUUUCUUUAUUCUAAUGACCUUAACCUGUGAUUUGGGCAGAUAUUGUAAUGCGAAAUUAGAUGCCUGUCACUCUUAGGGUCAAAGGAUUAAACCAAACUAAAAGAGGGCUCUUUAAAAUAAAGGAAAUAUAGAAAAGCUCAUAAGAAUCCCACUUAUAACCCUAAUGAAUAGAUUUAGCCCCUUCAUUUCAAUGAGCGCCCCUCUCUAAUAUGCAUCCCCUAGAAUUUAUUUUGGUCAACAAGAGUCCCUACUCUAAUUACAUGUAGCACCUCUAUUAAUUAGUCACCCUCAUUCCAAUAGCUGCCCCUAUUCAGUUUCAGUAAUAGCACUAUUGGAGUACAUGUACAAUGAGGUCAACUGUGUUUCAUAUUCCUUUAAUUGCUUAGUUAAUGCCUUGUUACAAAACAGUGGCCUCUGUCUCUCAACUGUCAGUUUAUAUAUAUACAUGUAUAUAUGUAAAUCAUACACAUCCACAUGAGUGCACAGUUCCUUUAAACAAAUGAUCUUGUCUUAAAAUUUUGCAAACAUUGCUUGGUUGGUUGUUCUAACCAGGAAGGAUCCUGGGAAAAGAAGUCCAUUUCCAGUCUUCAUGAUCUUCCUCAAAUAAAAAUCAAAGCUUUGUUUUGCACAUCCUGCUUUUUCUCAAAAAAAAAUUAAACAACUGCUCUGUCUCUGAUAAGCUCCCUACUUCGAAUAUGUGCCUCUCUUGUGGUACUAAAAGUAACUAAGAUUUUGAAUUAUUAUGGUACCUGUUAACCUGCUCCUGUGUUGGAGGAGGAAAGUGACAGAGUUGCCAUUGGUUUAAAUUUCACAUCACACCUGUUUGGUUGAGCGAGGGGCAGGUUUUCUCAACCAAUAGCAUGGCUUGGUAUAGCCUAGUAAGGUAAAUCUAUUGCAAUUCUAUAUUUUUUAGAGAUUCAGUUCAUUUUAACCCUUUCCACCCCAACAUCAGUAUACAUUUUCUCUAUACUGUUCUCUAUUUAUUUCCCAUGGUAUUGACAAAGAGAAUUUGGUUAACAAUCAAGAGCUUCUUUAGUUGGUGAUCAUUUCCAUUAUUCUCAUGACUUCAAUGUUUGUUUUAGGGCAAUACUGAUAGGAGAAAGUAGUUACUAAUCACUCUUAACCCUUAAACUCCCAGAAGUGAUUAACAUAAAACUUCUCCCUACAAUAUCCAUACAUUCUUUAGCAAACAGGUAAUGAGAAUAUUCAAACUUAUCAGGUAGAAGCUGCUAUCUUGAUCUAGCACCAAAUUCUCAUAACUUAUUUACAAGGACAUGUGUAGCAGCUACAGGGGAGAAUUAACAAUCAGAUCUUGGGAGUUAGAGGGUUAAGUAAACCCUUAAACUCAUAAGAGUGGCAUAAAUAUUAUUUCUCCUUACACUGUCACCCCUGAAUUAAACAUUUAAGGUAAUGGCAAUAAAGGAAUGAACUCCAACCAAAGUAGCUCCUGAUUGUUCAACAAAUUCUCCUUUUCGGCACUCAGGAAAUGUAUAGAGAACAGUGUGGAGAAUAUGCAUACUGAUGUUAGGAUGUAAAGGGUUAAUGGCAAAUGGGUGCUCAUGAGGAAUUUCACCCUAAUGAUAUAAAUUUUACUGCUUUCAGUUGUUGUUGCAUUCCAUUUUGUACUGAUUGUGCCAAGGAUGUUGCUCAUCUAUGUCCCAAUUGUCAUAAGGAGAUAGGUGUCUAUAGGCGUCCAGUAACUGAAUCAGGUGGAGGAGGUGGUGGUGGAAACACCGGCUAUGACCGAAGCAAUGCCCAUGGUCCAGCCGACGAUUAUGUGGGUCCAUCUGAUGAUUAAUGGCAAAAAGAAACAAGAAGAAACAUGCAUGAUGGUUCAUCGAAUUUAUGGAACCUUCAUGCAUUAACUUGCAUGCUAGCUUUGAAAGUCAGUUGUAGAUUGUGCAAAUGUAUGUGCCAUUGUAUUUAAGAAAAAGCAGUGACAUUACUGACUGAAUACAAUGUAAAUGUGUUCUUUUGGAUAAAUGUCUGUAACAAGUUGUUAUUAAUAGCUAUGCUAGUAUGCAUCAUUUGACUGUUUAGUAGUUUUCAUAUUAGCCUAGUGCUUAAAUAGCGGCCAGGCAACAUAGGGUUUGUAUUAUCAACUUUUGGAUAGCCAAACAUUUUGCCUGCUUCUUUACACAUGUAAAGAAUUUGUCUGGCCAAAAAUGAAUUUUGUCUGUGCAAAAAUAGGUUUUUCUGGACAACUUGGCAACUUAAAUCCUUGAGGCCACUGUAAAUGUAUCAGCUAUCUUUUACUAAUUUUGAUUAUGGUACUGUGAAAAGUUAACAACAGAACAGCAAUGAAAGAGAAAUUAAGAAACCUGGGAUCCUUUAAGUAGAUAAAAAAGAAAGGGAAGGAAACCUUUAAAAAAACCUUAAAGUCAGAUGUGAUACUUUAGGCAAGAAAGGGGAGGUAGAGAGGUGGAAACCUGUGUUUUGAUUUUACUUCUUAUAGAUUAGAAUCAACAGGAAAUUUAUUAUAUAAUCACAUUACAUCAUCUUGAACUUGUCAGAGUCAUUAACAUGUGCCAGAGCCUGAGUUUUGGUUGGAAGAAAACUACAAAUUCAGACUUGUCAACAGGUAUUCUAAUUGAUCUAGGUAACCAGUAUGGUAUUUGGUUGAUUCCUCAUGACAGUUGCUAGUACUGGAUGGGUAAUCUGUGUCUCAUAAGGGCUCCUAGAAAGGUUAAGAUAUUGAUGUCAUUAAUGAGCCAACAGGGUUGAAAGCUACUGUAGAAUUCAUAACAAAUAAACACAAUAAUUCUUCUGAAUUUAAGUUUAACUGAUUCUAACUAUAUCAUUUCUUUAUGCUGUGAGGGAAAAAAAUUUCUUUAUGCCUACUAUUAUUAAAACUACAUGUAGCCCUGGAGAGUUUUUGAGUCAGUCAACUUCAGUUUGGCAAAUCAUAAUCUGCUUGUGGUGUAAAGUAUUUUGAAUCCUUGUCAGAUGAUUACCCUGCUCUGAUGUGCAAAUUGUUAAUUAAACCUAGAUAGGUAUAAAUUUUGUGCAGACCAUACCUUUUUCUGUCAUAUUAAGUCAAGAGGGGAGUUUGUUAAAACUUGUUAAAUAUUCAAUGUUUACUCACUAUUGAGGCCUUAGCCAAAUUCACUCCCAAGAUCUCAUUAGUGAUUCUCCUUACUACCUCCUGGUGUGGAGAAUUUGGUAUGGAUCAUGUAAUAAUCCCCUAAUUGAUACUUUUUUUUUACGUCCCUAUUCUGCUUGAUAUUUUGUUGAUAUCAAAAGGAGAAAUUCUGUCUUGUGCUCUUGUAAUUAAUCAGUAAUUACUCCAUAAAGACAUCAAUGAGUUAUCACACACACAUUAAUUUCUCAUUGAUGUUAAUGUAUACAAUGUUGAGGACAUAAACAUCGAUUAACACUUUUCAAGCUAAUUUUAUAUUUUAAGAACACUACAACUUGAAAUUCCUUAAGUUUGCUGACAUGUUAAUCGAAUACUCAGCAAAGAGAACAUGGAAGCAGCAAGUCUUCCUCCAUGUCCUUGUUUGUCUAUCUUCCAUCUCGCGUAACUUUUAUUUACUACAAAUCAUGUUGGGCCCCUUGUCUAACCCUUGCUGUAUUCCUAAAUAGUUUGUGCAAAAGAUAUCUUUCUUCUUGGCCUGUGAAAGACCAUUUCAUUUUGCCUCUGUUUGCUUGUUACAUGUUGGAGUUGGCAUGUAAAGCAAUUUAGGUGACAGAGCUGUCACCUAACUGAAGAUUGCCAUCAGGACGGAACUGGUCUAAACACCCCAUGUGUCCCGGCUGUGGACAUUUGGUGAAGACACCUGAUUUGUAGCGCAUAACCACACUCUUCAUCCCUAUGUCAUACCAAUGCUCUACAUGCUUAUAAAUAUUAGGUCCAUAUCGAUUUCGAGCAGAAAGUCCUGGAUUGCGCAUGGCAGUAACCCACUGACCAGCAAACAUCACUUUAGUUGGCUGCUGACCAUUAGCUACAAGCAUCUCAGACUCAAGCCUAGGUUUACCAUAAACAUCAACACCCCAGCCAUUUCUAUAGAUUACAAAAAUGCCGGAUGUCUUGCGUCCAUCUGUGCAGCAUUCAGUUCCUUUUCUAUCAUCAAAUUUAUAGCCUGCUGCUUCAAAUCUUGGACGAAGCUUUUGAAAUGCUGUGUAGUUCUCUGAAGGAAAUUGGAUGUCAGCAUCACGUUCCCAUGGCAAAACCCCCUUGAAUUUAACAGCUCCUAAAACAGAAGCAAACUUAAGUUAACUAGUAUGAGAUGAUGCACUGAAAAUUAUGCCAAUUUUGUUCAACCACCAUGAUGGUGGUGGUCAUGACCAUAGCAAUGGUGUCUCCUUCAGUUCAUUGCAUAAUGUUAGUUUCACAUCCGUUUCUUUUCAUUUGGCUUGAUAAUUGAUAUUACAAAACAGCCUUAAAACAACAGCUACUCACACUCAAAGAAAUUUCCUUUCUUUCCAACCAAAAGGUAUUUCUACACUAUACUGGUACAUAAAAUUAUAGAAUGUAUGGGUAUGAUGAAGGUUAAAACUAUCUGUCACCAACUAUUUGUCAGUUCUAUUGUGAAGACAAACCUGUUUGAAUCCUAAAGGGGUGGUAACAGACUCAAUUUGAACUGCACCUCCCCAAUACAAAAUAGGCACAAGAGUACAUUACCUAAUAGAGUUCCUGCAUUAAGUUCACAAUAAAUCUCAGCAUUUUCACAUUCCUUCAUGAUAAACUUGACUAUGUCGGCAAGAUUCUCCAAGUCACAAGGAGGAACAGCGAGUCCUGUGGCUGGUAUACCACAGGACGAUUUAUUAUCACGGGCAUGCCCUCCUCUUUGGCACCCAUACCAAUGCACUUGCCCAUUAGACUCCACCCAUUUCUUCACAUCCCAUUUCUGGGCCAGGGCAUCAUAUUUUUCAUCUGGAAUUUCUUGCUCAUAUUUAUUGAACAUGACAUCAGGACAGCUGGCAACAACUUUCUCUGGAUGUUUGAGUUUUAAUCGCCAGAAUAUGUCUUGAAAGGAACCAAAAUGUAGUCUGGAAAGCAUGAAAUAGUAGUUGAAUUAUUGAGCCGAACAAACUAGAUUGACAGUUUUCAUGAAGAGUCCUCAAACUAGCUUAUGGUGGAGGUAAAAAGACUCUUUAGAAUUCUUCCUCAUUUCAAGACUUAGCUAAUGAUAUUUCCUUACCCAAAAUUAAUACCCAGCCUCACUAACCAUUUCAGACCUCCAUACUCAUUUUUUUACCGCUUGGGUAGUGUUCAUUGCUGGUAAGAUCGCCUUCAUAUUCAUGUCUGUAUCCACAGUUCUCUACUAAGAUUGCCUUCAUAUUCAUGUUUGUAUCUACAGCUCUCAUAUAUGAUUUUCAUAAAUUCACAAUUGUUUAAAACAACCCAAGUACUCAGGAAGCACCCUUUCUCACUUAAAACUGUACUCCUUUAUAUUUCUUUUCUUCUCCCAAUAAAACUUUAAUUUUUAUACUGAAUUGUAAUUUUUACUUACUUUUCAUCAAUUCCAAAAUCCUGGAGUUCUUUGGUUCUUGCCAUAAAUGGACCAAGCAGCACGUCACAUUGUACACAGUCAUUAAAUGAGUGGUAAUACCUGUCUGAAAAGUAUGCAGUCCAAUUUCUGAAUUGCACUUGACGACAGCUAUUGUCCCACUCCCCCCGUUGAUUCUUUUUGGCUUCCCCCUACAAGGAUGGUAUCCCUGUUCUCACUCAGUACCCGUACAAGGCGUUCAAGAUUAACAUCAUCAGUGAAGUAAGUGAUAUCUGGUGCAAAGAGUGCAUAGGGUGUGGCCACCAUCUUGAGUAACUUGGACCAUGUUUCUCCAUGUGUAAGGUCAUCAAAUGCCAUGAAAGUAAGUCUUAAACUAACUUCUUUCAGCCACUUGAACUUCAAUGUUUUGUUUGAAACAAAUAUCACAGGUACACUUGGAUAAUAUGUGGAAACUCCUUCAAACACUUUUCUCAGCUUUUCAGAUGAUAGUUCCUUUGGUGAUGUCAUAAUCAUAGUCACAAGUUCAUCAAUUGGGACAAAGUCUGUGCAAUUUUCUCCUUCAAAACCUUUCCAAUAAAAUGGGAAUCCAUAAGAAGAAUCCUUUCCCAUAUAUUUCUCAGGACAAACCUCUCUCUUUUUAACAUAAGUUUCUAGGGAAGAAUUGCUGGAAACAGUGUCCUUUUGCAGUGGCUGUCCAUCCUCAGAUUUUAUCAGUUGCUUUACCAGCUCAAUAUUUCGUUCAACUUUGUAGAACUGCAAUGGUAAAUGUACCAAGCUGCGCUGUGUCUCAGAAAGGUCUACUGCUAGACGUCUUAAAUCACUUGCCAGUACUUGUGAAUGACUCCUAGUUGUAAUGUGAAGAUAUGAUGAGAAAAAUUUCACUAAUACAAGGGUUAAGAUGAUAACUGUCACAAAGAAGAGCUGCAGUUUUCUCAUGGUGCUGGUUGUUGAAAUGGCUAUGCACAAGACUUAAUUUGUGGGAUCUGUCGUGGCUCUCAGUACACCUUCAAAUUCUGUGAAAAAAAAUGCACUCAAUUUUUGGAACAUCUCACAGUACAGGGCAGGAAGAGAAGGGAAUGCAUGGUGUAUGCAUGGCACAUGUUGCAGAUAAAUUACCAGAUUUCAGUGCCAUGACAAUUUCCUACAUUAAUUUUAAGUCGUGUUGGGCAUAUCUAAAUGGCUUUUAAAUGAGUACAAAGUGAGUUCAGUGGACUCGACAUUGCACCGUCCAUAAUCAAUUUCCCUAGUUCAGUGUCUCCCAGUCUUAGCCACUUUGAGCAAAGUGACCUAUCUAAGUAGGUGCAAAGCCCAAUAGCGUUUAACUCAAUAGAUCGCAUGCACGUGCAAAGAAAAGAAAACAUAAGGAGCUCUGCUUGUAAACUUAGUUUUAGAUCAAAAUUCCUAAUAUAUCUAAUACCUUUGGUUAAGCACGCAAUAUUGCUCAUACUUCGAUUGUAUCUCCAUGACGUUUUCGAAAGAAGACUUGAAUCGUUUAUUGAGUCAUAUACAACUUUUUUGUCAUAUUAAUAACUUAUUAUCACUCGAAGCACGUGUCAGCACAUGGGAACCCCGCGGUGUUUCCCAAAGGGUUGUUUUCAGCUCGCCCGUUGUUAGUUUCGUAGGUUCUUAAUAAAGACAAGUCGCUUUUACGCUGCUGGUUACAAUACAAUAAAUAAGAUAAACUAUUAUAAGAUAGUCUUCUGUAAACAUUACUAACUGCCGGGCAUUUAGUCUAUUUGAGACCGUGCCCGGCUGCCGGUCAUUUCAGUAUUUGCAGCGAAUAACGAAAGAAAGAUAGAGAAAAAUAUAUGUGUGUUAUUACCGAUGACUAUGGGCCUUUCCGCUCGGGCGAAAAAGAUGUUUACAAGAUAAAUUUUUUUUCAUCAUGAACAUUUAAAAAUGCAGAUGGUUUGUCAUGACUUGACAAAUUUUGGCCGAAGCGGACAAAUCUUCGAACGCAGCGCCGACAAAUUUGCCCCAAUUGUCUAAUUUGACAAAGUUUGUCCUUUGGGACAAAUCUAGUUUUGUCCGCUAGAGCGGAAAGGCCAUACACAAAACCGUGCAAAAACUGUCUUUCAUUCUCACCACAUCUAUUUGCUGAAGCAUGAGAACUUGAGAGGGAUCCUCUUGAGAUUGAAGUACCCAGAGAAGCUCAUUAAUUCCACCAUGACUAGAUUUAUCGAGUAGCGAAACCAAUUACAAGUUCGCAAUGUUCAAGCAAAUGCGCCCGUUCAGAUUAUUCUGCCAUUCGAGGAUGAAAGAUGAGGGUGGCAAAAUACAUUUACAUAUCACGCUGAAUUUUCCUAUUAAAAUUACUCAUCCAGAAUCUUUUAACCAAUCACGCGUCACGUGAAAAGGAGAAAGCACGCUAAGCUAAUACUGUAAGUUUCAACCUAUUGGAUGUAUUAUCAAAAAUCAUAUUGUAUCCAACGUUUUUUUAUUCUGAAAUGAAUUGCGUUUUGGCCGGCAAAGUGAAUGUUGGGGUGGAUCUUGACCAACUGGGUGACGAUUGGGGAUUGCAUUAACUGGAAACUAUCCAUGAGGAUUGGCACUUGGAAGGUGAAGAGUCACAAAAUCCAAUCCGAGUAGACCCCUUUUGGAGAGAAGUUGAUGACCUGAAGGAUACCACGUGUGAAAAGAAAUCUCCCCUGUUGUGAAUGUCAUAGAGACAGCUCGUGUUCUCAGACAUGAGAGGUCGAAAGGGGAUUUCAGAGAAUGGAAUUCGUGCAACUGAACGCUUUUCAAGGUCCGGUCCUGUGCCUGUCACAAAAUAGCUACUUCAGAUGGGCGUUGCGCCCAAAAAGAAGCCCAAAGGAAAGGAGCAGGCCCAGAAGCAGCUUACUCUGCAGAAAGAGAAAGCACGGAAAAUGGAUACCCAGAAGCAAACGUUUGCUGAAGAAAGGAGGAAGCAAAAGCAGAGAGAAACAGAAACUACAGCAAAGAGAAAUAGCGGUAAAGGCAAGAAACAGCUCGGCGAGAUAGCACUCCUACCCAACAAACGUAAGCGUUAUCUGAGAGACCGCUGAGUCAUGAAAACGCACUGACUUAGGUUCUACGAAAACACAGAAGGGACAACUCCAUCUCUUAAUUCAUUCUUGCCGGCGAGAGAUUUUUUUAAUAUCACCUUCCUAAAAUGCCGGGAGCACAUCUUUUUAUCUUCAGUUACCUUGAAGAGCAUUCCCUCGUCUCCUCUUCUUGCGUGUAGCCAUUUUUUUUUCCACCGGAUUCUUGGUCGGAAAUUUAAAGUAAGACACUUUUAUCCCAUCGUCUUUCCGUUAUCCUUUCUUCCUACUUUCUGGAACACAACAAGGAGUAGGCAUUUCCUCUUAUUGGAAAUAAUUCGACCGAAUCGAGUCAAAACAGAUAACCUAUUCAACCUUUGUUGACCUUUUGUUUACAGUUGUUAUCUUCUGACCUCGAUGUCAUGUUUGAGUAAUUACCAGUCCCGCGCGUCGUCCGCCAUCAUGAAAGUUGUGUAAUUUGGGCUCCAUUGUUGGUGAGACAAACUCGUUGUUUGCCCAAGAUUAAGUGGAUCAAUACCGGUAUCUGAUCAACUGCGCACCUUCCCCUCCCUUAACCCAACAACAGUAAACUGAUAACAAGUCAGAGUUAAGCUGGGUUGGGGAGGGGUAGGUAUGCAGCUGCUCAGAUACUGACAUCAUGGGCAGACCACACUAUGUGUUCUUAGUUAGUAAUCGUUGACAUAACAAAAUCUAUGUGGGUUAUGAAUAAAGAUCUGAAAAUUGAAUAUCUAAAUUACAUCUCAGGCUGAAUAUUUCAGUAAAGUUAAAUGAAAUGUUAAUUAACACAUUUGUGAUAUUUCUAAACCGGGAUAUAAUUUAGAUAUGCAGUUUUCAGAGCUUUAUUUCAUAGAUUUUGUUUGUCUCAUGUUGUUAAUUGGUACUUUUUGUUAUUCGUAUCACUUGUCUGCUUGAUAUUAUGUUGAUAUCGAAAGGAGAAAUUCUGUCUUGGUCACUCGUAAUUAAUCAGUAAACGCUGCAUAAAGACAUCAAUGAGUUAUCACACACUCAUUGAUUUCUCAUUGAUGUCGAUGAUUAUUUGUUAGCUGCACAUAGUAAAAAGGUACUUCAAUCCCAAAAUAAAGUAACAGGUAUAAAUGUAUA